AUGUUCUUAACAGUCAAGGACCGCCCACCCUCCAUCAUCCCCCUAGUAUGUACCUAUUCCACCUCGGCUGCCAAUUUUACCUAUUUUAUUAAAACAAACUACCAGUCCAGGCUAGGCGGAGAUGAAACAUUUAACCAGACCAAAGUAAUCUCCGCCUACAGAAAGAAUAAAAACCUGAAAGACCUCCUGGUGAGAGCUACCCUCCCCCAGAAAUACCCCAACAGACGGGACCUGGACCACAAUUAUUUUAAGCAGCUGAGAGUUCAAGUGGCUGUGAAGCCAAAGCCUUUCAAAGUGCGAGAGGAGGCUGUGCACGAGCAGCCAUUUGAGGAUGUGUUGGAGGUUGAAGAUCAAGAUGCCAUGCAACCAAUGUCUAGGUCUAAACCUCGCACACUUCCAGCUGGAGGGUGGCAAUCAUGGAGUGCUGCUAAGGAGGAAAACAUAACCAUUGACAAAAAAGCUCUCAGCACGGUGGAAAACAAACUGUCUCCCUGUGCUACUCUGCUGCUGGGAACCGCCCACCCAGGGUUAGGGUGGGAGGUGAUUCCCAGGUACAGCAUGGGCAGCAUGGUCCCGACCCACUGCCCCACCCACCGGCCCGGAGCUCCGGUCCGGACUCAC